GUCUAGCAAACAAGUAGUUAAAGAGGAUAGGUAAAGGUAAUCGAGAAAGAGAGGCGCUUUGGUUAAAGAAAAACCAAGGCCAGCUUCAGAGCGUGGAGAUUUACUGAAGACACAUUAUGUGUGAAAGGACUCUGUGGGAAAGAUGUACGUGAGCUACCUUUUGGAUAAGGACACCAGCAUGUACCCGAAUUCUGUGCGUCAUCCCAGCCUGAAUUUGAAUCCACAGAAUUUUGUUCCUCCUCCGCCGCCUCCACAAUAUUCGGAUUUUACAGGCUAUCAUCACGUACCUGGAAUUAACUCUGAGCCUCACCACAGUCAGCCAGGGGGUACGUGGAGCCCUGCUUAUGCACCUGCCAGGGAUGACUGGCAUUCUUACGGACCUGGGCCAACAACGUCAUCUUCGAACCCAGGACAGAUAAGUUUCAAUCCUGCUGAUUUUAACCCUGUACAACCCCCGGGUGCUGCUUUACUUCCUCCCCCCAUUAACACUUCAGUAGCACCCCUAUCACCAACCUCGCAGAGAAGAAACCCGUACGAAUGGCUAAGGCGGAAUGUUCCGCCGAACAGUACAGGAGGAAAAACCAGAACGAAAGAUAAGUACAGAGUGGUUUAUACAGAUCACCAGCGCCUGGAGUUGGAGAAAGAGUUCCACUACAGUCGAUAUAUUACGAUCAGGAGGAAAACGGAACUGGCAGCAACUUUGGGUCUCUCUGAACGACAGGUAAAAAUCUGGUUUCAAAACCGUCGAGCAAAAGAAAGAAAAGUAAACAAGAAAAAAAUGCAGCAGUCCCAGCAGGCCACAACAACAACCCCUACACCCCCAGGAAUUGGAGCUGCUGGGACAGUGGGGAUGGUCAGCAGCAGCAGUGGACUGGUUUCUCCUCCCAUCCCAAUUACUAUUAAAGAAGAGUAUUUGUCUUAGUCACAUUCUUCAGGACAGCAGAGCAGCUCCUACUCUAAGGAAGAAUUUCAUAUCAUUAAAAAAAAAUUCAACUAAAGAAACACAAAAAGAGACCCUGCUAUUGUUGCUUGCUAGAGGUUUAUAAAAUAAAUAAAUAAUUAUUAAAAAAAUAGUUAGAAAAAAAAGAAAUGUGUACAGAACUCUGUGGGAUUCAAUUGUGUUCUCUUGUAGUAAUAUUUUCAAAAUGCUUUUCUUUCUUUCUUUCUUUCUUUCUUUCUUUCUUUCUUUGAAAUUAUAUUCUCAUAUAUUAUUCUUUUUGAAAGAUAUACAUGUAUAUGUUUUAAAUAAAUUGUAUUAAAAGCUUUAUGUUGCUUACCUAUUUUAAUAUUUUUAGAAAGGAAAAGGAGGGUUAAUGUGUUGUCCUAAAAUCAAGCUGAAUCUGCCAAAAUGUGUAUGAAAUUUGUUUUAGUUAAAAAUGACAACAGUGCUAUUUUCAUAUUUCUUAUCAUUCAUUAAAUUAUGUUUUCAGUCUUGUUUUUGCUUAUAGUGUUAAUGGUGGCCAUUCACAAAAUAAUGUAUGUAAAAUUAAUAGUAAUUGAGAAGUAUUGCUCAUCCGCAAAGACAGCUAUGAUAAUUUGUUUAAAAU